AGAGCGAGCGGGUGAGCGAAGCGCGGCGGCCGCGCGGGAGGGAAGGGGCGCGAGGCAGGCCGGCGGGGAGCUGCCCUGGGCGCACGGAGCCAGAGCGCCCUCGGGGACCCUCCCCCGUCCCCGGGACCGGACCUGUGGGCGCCGGGAGUCCGGGCAGCAGUCGGCGCGCCGGGCCGGGGUGGCGGGCGGCCCCGGGACCCGGGCAGCUGCAGAAGGAGCCGGAGCCCGGCCGGGAUGAGAAGGUGACGCCGCCGGGGGCGCCACUCGCUUUGUGGGGGAAGAUGCUCGCCUACUGCGUGCAGGAUGCCACCGUGGUGGACGUGGAGAAGCGGAGGAACCCCUCCAAGCACUAUGUAUACAUCAUCAAUGUGACCUGGUCCGACUCCACCUCCCAGACCAUCUACCGGAGGUACAGCAAGUUCUUUGACCUGCAGAUGCAGCUUUUGGAUAAGUUUCCCAUUGAAGGUGGCCAGAAGGACCCCAAGCAAAGGAUCAUCCCCUUCCUCCCAGGCAAGAUCCUCUUCCGCAGAAGCCACAUCCGGGAUGUAGCUGUGAAGAGGCUGAAGCCUAUCGAUGAGUACUGCCGGGCACUUGUCCGGCUGCCACCCCACAUCUCACAGUGCGAUGAAGUCUUCCGGUUCUUUGAGGCUCGCCCUGAGGAUGUCAACCCUCCAAAAGAGGACUAUGGCAGUUCCAAGAGGAAAUCAGUGUGGCUGUCCAGCUGGGCUGAGUCACCCAAGAAAGACGUGACAGGUGCCGACGCCACCGCCGAGCCCAUGAUCCUGGAACAGUACGUGGUGGUGUCCAACUAUAAGAAGCAGGAGAACUCGGAGCUGAGCCUCCAGGCCGGGGAGGUGGUGGAUGUCAUCGAGAAGAACGAGAGCGGCUGGUGGUUCGUGAGCACCUCUGAGGAGCAGGGCUGGGUCCCUGCCACCUACCUGGAGGCCCAGAAUGGUACUCGGGAUGACUCCGACAUCAACCCCAAGACUGGAGAAGUGUCCAAGAGACGCAAGGCCCAUCUGCGGCGCCUGGAUCGCCGGUGGACCCUGGGCGGGAUGGUCAACAGGCAGCACAGCCGAGAGGAGAAGUAUGUCACUGUGCAGCCUUACACCAGCCAAAGCAAGGACGAGAUUGGCUUUGAGAAGGGCGUCACAGUGGAGGUGAUCCGGAAGAAUCUGGAAGGCUGGUGGUAUAUCAGAUACCUGGGCAAAGAGGGCUGGGCGCCAGCUUCCUACCUAAAGAAGGCCAAGGACGACCUGCCAACCCGGAAGAAGAACCUGGCCGGCCCAGUGGAGAUCAUUGGGAACAUCAUGGAGAUCAGCAACCUGCUGAACAAGAAGGCCUCUGGGGACAAGGAAACCCCACCAGCUGAAGGCGAAGGCCACGAGGCCCCCAUUGCCAAGAAGGAAAUCAGCCUGCCCAUCCUCUGCAAUGCCUCCAAUGGCAGUGCUGUGGGCAUCCCAGACAGGACUGUCUCCAGGUUUGCCCAGGGCUCUCCAGCUGUGGCCAGGAUUGCCCCUCAGCGGGCCCAGAUAAGCUCCCCAAACCUACGGACAAGACCUCCACCACGCAGAGAAUCCAGCCUGGGGUUCCAACUGCCAAAGCCACCAGAGCCCCCUUCUGUUGAGGUGGAGUACUACACCAUUGCCGAAUUCCAGUCGUGCAUUUCCGAUGGCAUCAGCUUUCGGGGAGGACAGAAGGCAGAGGUCAUUGAUAAGAACUCAGGUGGCUGGUGGUAUGUGCAGAUCGGUGAGAAGGAGGGCUGGGCCCCCGCAUCAUACAUCGAUAAGCGCAAGAAGCCCAACCUGAGCCGCCGUACAAGCACGCUGACCCGGCCCAAGGUGCCCCCGCCAGCACCGCCCAGCAAGCCCAGGGAGGCCGAGGAGGGCCCACCAGGGGCCAGUGAGGGCCAGGACUCCCCGCGGAAGCUCAAGUACGAGGAGCCUGAGUAUGACAUCCCUGCAUUUGGCUUUGACUCAGAGCCCGAGCUGAGUGAAGAGCCCGUGGAGGACAGAGCCUCAGGGGACAGGCGGCCUGCCCAGCCCUGCCGGCCAUCGCCGGCCUCUUCUCUGCAGCGGGCCCGCUUCAAAGUGGGCGAGUCUUCAGAAGACGUGGCCCUGGAAGAGGAGACCAUCUAUGAGAAUGAGGGCUUCCGGCCGUAUGCAGAGGAUACCCUGUCAGCCAGAGGCUCCUCUGGGGACAGUGACUCCCCAGGCAGCUCCUCACUGUCCCUGGUCAGGAAAAACUCACCCAAAUCAGGCUCCCCCAAGUCAUCGUCACUCCUAAAGCUCAAGGCAGAGAAGAAUUCGAAGGCAGAACUGGGGAAGAACCACUCCUCAGCCUCCUUUUCCUCCUCCAUCACCAUCAAUACCACCUGCUGCUCCUCCUCUUCCUCCUCCUCUUCUUCAUUGUCCAAAACCAGUGGUGACCUGAAGCCCCGCUCUGCUUCAGAUGCAGGCAUCCGUGGCACUCCUAAGGUCAAGGCAAAGAAGGAUGCUGAUGUGAAAGCUGGGCUGACCUCCUGUGCCCGGGCCAAGCCAUCAGUCCGGCCCAAGCCAUUCCUGAACCGAGCAGAGUCGCAGAGCCAAGAGAAAAUGGACAUCAGCACUUUACGGCGCCAGCUGAGACCCACAGGCCAGCUCCGCGGGGGUCUCAAGGGCUCCAAGAGUGAGGAUUCAGAGCUGCCCCCGCAGACGGCCUCCGAGACUCCCAGUGAGGGGUGUAGGAGAGGUUCAUCCGACCUCAUCACCCUCCCAGCCGCCACUCCCCCAUGUCCCACCAAGAAGGAAUGGGAAGGGCCAGCCACCUCAUAUGUGACAUGCAGUGCCUACCAGAAGGUCCAGGACUCGGAGAUCAGCUUCCCCGCGGGCGUGGAGGUGCAGGUGCUGGAGAAGCAGGAGAGCGGGUGGUGGUACGUGAAGUUUGGGGAGCUGGAGGGCUGGGCCCCUUCCCACUAUUUGGUGCUGGAUGAAAACGAGCAACCUGACCCUUCUGGCAAAGAGUCAGAUGCAGUGCCCGCCAAGGACAGGCAGAACGAAGGCAAGUCAGACAGCCUGGAGAAGAUUGAGAGGCGGGUCCAGGCCCUGAACACCGUCAACCAGAGCAAGAGGGCCACGCCCCCCAUCCCUUCGAAACCCCCUGGGGGCUUCGGCAAGACCUCAGGCACCCCAGCAGUGAAGAUGAGGAAUGGCGUGCGGCAGGUGGCGGUGAGGCCCCAGUCGGUGUUUGUGUCUCCACCACCCAAGGACAACAACCUGUCCUGCGCCCUGCGGAGGAAUGAGUCACUCACAGCCACUGAUGGCCUCCGAGGUGUCCGACGGAACUCCUCCUUUAGCACUGCUCGUUCUGCUGCCACGCCUGAGGCCAAGGGCCGCCUGGCCGAACGGGCCGCCAGCCAGGGUUCAGACUCACCCCUGCUGCCCGCCCAGCGCAACGGCAUCCCAGUGUCCCCCGUGCGCCCCAAGCCCAUUGAGAAGUCUCAGUUCAUCCACAAUAACCUCAAAGACAUGUACGUCUCUAUCGCAGACUACGAGGGGGAUGAGGAGACAGCAGGCUUCCAAGAGGGAGUGUCCAUGGAGGUUCUGGAGAGGAACCCUAAUGGCUGGUGGUACUGCCAGAUCCUGGAUGGUGUGAGGCCCUUCAAAGGCUGGGUGCCCUCCAACUACCUUGAGAAAAAGAACUAGCGGAGGGCCUGGGCUCUUCCAGCCUCAUUGUGCCUCUCUGGCCGCCCACUGGAUGAGCGGUGAGACGAACAAAAGGAAAAGGAAAAAAAGGGAGGGGUGGGGGAUAGACAACAUUCAACCCUGCAGAAUGGGUGACCUCAAAGAUGCCCGGCAUCCAAGCUGUCCUACAGCUGGAAGGUAGGGGAUGGGGGAGUCCACACUGAGUGAGGAAGGGAAUGGACCAGGGAGUCCCAGGCCUGGGACCCAAGGCCAAGAAAGCGGAGACCCGCUUUGCACUGUGGGGACUUCACCAGUGGAUUACAUGCCAUCUGGGACAGGCCAUGUGGGAGACCCCAGUUGUGCCUUUGCUACAGAUCUGGAAAAGAUGUGGUCAUGGGGGGCCUCCAAUGUCCUGUCCCUGCUUGGCCCAGUUUUGGUUGCUGGCAUCUUGCCACCCCGGGUAGCCCUGGUAUUGUCCUUAUCUGUGUUUGUGAAUUGUGCUGGUUUCCUAGGCACUGCCACAGGUGGGUACAUUAGAAGCCACCUCUGGCUUUGGGGCUUGGAAGUGUCUUAUGAGCUCAAGCCUGUCCUGGGCAGGCCACUGUCACUGUCAGUUGAAGAAAAAACAGUUCCCAGGUGCCAGCAAGGACCAUCUUUUGUAGCUGUCACUGUCCUGGCCUUGAGAAGAGAGCCCACUCUCCUCGGGGCAUCCCCCGGAGGACACAGUACCAGAGUUUACAGAGAGGGUGGGCGAAGCCACCAGUCUCUUCAUAAUCUGCACAGACUAUUUUGCAUAUUUCCGGGCGGGCAGUUCCUUUGCAUGUUUCGGGAGAGGUCUAUUGAUUUGGGGCCUAUAUUUCAGGCCUUUGCGUCUUAUUUUAGGGGUUGUUUGGGGGCCUGGGUGGUCGGCCUUACAUGGGAAGGGGAUGGUUAGUGGAUGGGGUUUCUGUUGCAUCUUGUGGGUGGGUGAUUUUGCUUUUGUUUUUAUUUCACAUUCUUCCCCUCCACAAGCCAAAGUCGUUUCAUUUGGUUUCCACUAUGUGGACUGUGCUGGAGCUUGCCACCUGCCAGAAAAAAUUUGGGGCUAGGCAAGCCCCAGGUCGCAGACAUGGUGAAGCAGAGAAACUGUCCUGGUUCCUGCACAACCUCAGAGCGGCAAAAACCCUCCCCAGGAAGGAGGAGGAUGUUCAGGAGCCAGACUUUUGGAGAGAAGGCAGCUCCCAGUCUGCUGGGUGUGUUCCCAGCCGGGCAGGGCUGGAAGCCUUAUGUAUGAAGCGUGGGGAAGCAAUCAUCGCCCCCACUAUGGGCAGAGGGGAACCCAGCUGGCCCCUUGGGGUCAGACUGGAGCCAACACUGCCAGUUGCCUCCUCUGGCCUGUUGGCAAUGCCACAGGUGCCCAAGAAGAUGGAGGAUCCCUGUGCCAGGAGCCAACCUGGUCUUCCAAGGGGCACUGCCCCAGUGAAGACAGAAGCAAGAGAAUAAAGUUCCCUGUAGGUCCUCAGUCACCUUUGGGUUGUGUUUUUCAAUUGUUGACAUUUCAGAGGGGACCCUCCAGAAGCCCAACCGGCUUCCCCCAAGGACUGCCCCUUCACUGGGAGUGGAUUUCCACACGUGCCUUUGAUUUCAGACAGAUCGGGCUUCACAGCUGCCGAUUCAGCUGCCAGGGUCCCUGGACUGGGGGAUGUUUUCUACAGAGGAGGAAAGGCCCUCCCUUACCUUGCUUCCCACCCAGGCAGGGCAGAUGGGACCCAACGUCUCAGUGCCUUCGAGACCCAUUCCCACCCCUACCACACCCCAUCCCAGAGGCCUUGCCUGGGCAACCCCAAGCCCCUGUCCCUCGCCAUACACUGAUGCCUGGCAGCUAGAGCAAACGGCUCGUGUUCUUUGUCAAAGGCCUGUGGUGAGAUUGUUUUGUUUCCUGGUUUUGUAUGUUUAAAGUUGAAAUUAGUUAUUUUCUUCUGCUGGACAGUAUUAAAUAGAGCAGGAUAUUGAGUUAAUCUGCUAGAUUGCAGUACUAAUGGUAGUGGUUUAGUGUCUUCAUAUUAUUAUUUGUACUUAUUUGAACAAUAAUGAUAAAGAAGUGGUUCAUUAUUUUUUAAUUAAUGCACUUUAAGGUAGAAUGGAAAAAACUCAGAGCAAAGUGCAUUACUUAAAGAUGCAGUAUAUACUUUUCUCAUUUUUAAACAGCACAUAUUUAUUAAGAGAAAAAAGUAAUUUAUGACUAUUUAAAAUAAAAUUUAAAAGUAGAGUGACUGUCAGGUAAAGAACCUUCCAUGUAGCUAUCUUCCAGGGGGAGGGCCCCGCAGCCUCCCUCCUCAAAUGUCUGCACUGAGCCAGUUCGGUCACUAGUGCGCCAGCCAGGCAAGGAGGGAGUGCAGAGCAUGUCUGCCAAGCACAGAGCAUCUCAGUCAGACCGGACCACAGUGCUCCCCAGAGCCUGCCUUUCCUGCCCUUCCUUACCAUCUGCACUGCCCCCCAUAUUCUCCCAGUCCCCAAGGACCCCCCUCUCCAUCCCCCGUGCUCUAAGUGAUAAGUCAUUAAAAGGCAGGACUGAAGAGACCUCAGAGGUCACGCCAUCCCAUCCCUUCCUGUUACUGCGGCCCAAGGACAGGAAAUGACUUUUCCAAAAUCUCACCCCUAGUUAAUGGCAGAGCUCCCCACUGCAUUAAUCCUGUGCUCCUCCUCACCCCCAUUAUAGUUUGUUGUGUGGUCAUGUUUACAUUGUGACAUCCAGCCCCAAGGAUGGCUGGGAGUUGCUCAGGCAUCCAGGAAAAGUGGGGAAUGCUGCCACCUGGUGACAGCAUGUAGAUCUGGGCAGUAAACAGGGAUUGCAUGCCCCAGUCUUCCCACCUCGCCCCCUCAGCCCCCUAACUCACAGCACAAAACCCUACAAACCCAAAGACAUUAAUACUUGAAGCAAGAAGGGUGCAUGCCAGUCCUUCUCAGAAAUGGUCAGGGGAUACCAGGCCUUGUGCCCCUGGACUCCUAGCCCUAGUCUGGGCGAGAGGGCCUUUCCCUAGAGCUACUGAGCUGCUUUGUGAUGUUGGAGGAUACUGCCGGCAGCAGGCAGAGGAGGGAGGGGGCCUAGGGCUCUGACCCAUCUGGAGGAAAACCAGAUCGGACUAAAAAAGGAAAAAGAAAAAAUCUCCGCAGUGUCCAAACCUAGUUUCCCACGAGUUGCGAUUGAAAAUGUGAAUGACACUGUAUUGCUGUAUACUGCAACUUUAACCAUAAUGAGCCCUUCUGAGGUCAUUAUUGAGGUUCAUAUAAUGCCUGAAGAUACAGCAUUUGGUGCUUCGUUUUCCUUUCCGUUUAAAGACCUUUUUUUUUUUUUUUUCGGGAGGGAAAAAAAAUGUCUUCAUUUCCCACCCACCUCAUCCCUCUUUGUGACACAGGCCUGGCUAUGUUGCCCCUCUCCUCCUUGCUAUUCUCACCAGGCCAUGGGACUUUGGGGGCAGCAAAAGUGCGCUGGAAAGGGGCAGUCCUGAGCAGCAGAUGGGCCUCACGCCCUGUGGGUUCCCCCAUGCCCAGAGACUAGACGGGGCUCUCCUGCCAGGCCUCAGCCCUGUUACCCCCAACCUGGCCCCAAAGUUUUCUCUUUCUUCCUCCCUGAUUUUCCAUCUUGACGAAGGCAUUAUAUAGAAUCAUUUUAAUCACUUUCAGAUGUUAGAGCAGCAUAUUUUACUGGCAUUUAUAUCCAUUGCUUCCCUCAGCAAGUCAUGUUACUACUUCUAUCAUCUAAGGAAAAAAGACAAGGGAAUUUCAGUCAGGCAUUAUUUUCAUAUUACUAGUGUUUGCAGAAUAGGUGUAGAACUAUUUAAGUUUAGGCCUUGGUUUGGUAGUUUUUGUUUAAGGGGAAAAAGGAUAAAAUAACCCCUAUUUUUCCUGUUAUUGUAUUUAACUAAGAUAUUAUUUCUUUAAGGUUACUCGCUUCCUCUUUCCCCUCCAAAUACCUUGCAUUCUCAGUAGAAAAUGGAAACAAUCAGAGAGAUAGGAAAAGUGCAAUAUUACCAAGAUGGAUGCCAGGGCUCAUUGGGGACAAUGGAGGGAAAACCAGUGGCGCUCGGAGAGCAAGAUGCAAGGAGCAGGGCGCUGAAGGAACCCUAGCUAUAGAACAGGUGGGUGAGUUGAUGGAGUUUGAUCUUACAGCCUUCUCCUCUCCCCCUUCCUUAGGAAGAUGAUAGGUGUCCCUGCCAGAUCCACCCAGAAGAAAGGUAUUCAGGCAGGGGGCCCUUGGUCUCCAGGGCCCCAGUCCCUGGAGCAGAGUCAGGCCCUUGGGAGCUGUCCCUUGUUUUGAUUUCUCUUGUGGUGCAGCCAGCAGCUCAGAGAGACCUGUCCUACAAAUGACUCCAGCAGCCCUCUCUCACCCCCAUGUCCUGAUGUUUGGGCUGUGAUCCUUCUGGUGUAUAUUUGAAUCUUUCUAAAAUUGGGUGCCAUCAGUUCAAUUUCUAGGCAGGAAGCCUAGAGGUCACCAAGUCUUUUUGGGGGGAUGUGAGAACCCUGAACCGUGCACACCCUUGUGAGACACCAAUUCCCACAAGCAGGGCCUGGGGCUGAGCCUGGCCCGCCCAUUCAUCUCAGCAACUUCAGCCUGAGGAGUAAGCCCUGUCUGUGCUCCACACCCAGACAAGAUAGUAUGAAUUCUCCUCCAGGAAAAGUCAGGGGGGUCUAUUCAAGUUUCUCUGCAGACAGAGCUUCCCACAACAGGUAACCAAUCUGGCCUCCUUCCUCAGCACCAGUAGAGAAAGCAGCAGAAUGAGAAGUUUCCUCUGGGUUCAAGGCCCCAGAGCUCUGCCCCUCAAGGUGACAGGGACAUCCCUGUGGCUUCUUCCCCCACCUCCAGUACUGUAUGCUUGCCGCUCCAACCCCCUAUUUGGUGAAUUUCUGCAGACAUGGGUCUCUGUGCCCAGAGUGGGACUCUGCCCUGUGUGAGUCUCUCCCUAGAUACCCAUCUAGCUAUUCAGUCUUUGAGAAUCUCAAUGCAGAGCUCUCUGGGAAGAGAACUGUCCACAUUGCUAAAUAAGAUUCCCUCACUUUUUUGAGGGCCAUGUGGUGUGUGUGUGUGUGUGUGUGUGUGUGUGUGUGUGUGUGUGUGUACGCGCACUCAUGCGCAUACACAAGUGUUGGUAACUUCCCACUUGAACUAAGUAACAUGGGGUUAGAAAAAAAAAACAAUACCAGGCAAGCUGUCUCCAUUGAACAAGUCCUUGGCAAUGGGCAGGUCCCAAGGGACUGAGCUUCUAGCAGCAGGUGUGUGCGUCAUUCACACACAUCAUUCUGGCUGGAGAGUGCAAUGUGUUUUUUUCUUUUUGUAAGUAUUAAGUAUUUAGUUGGAAGCUUCACACUGGCAUUAACAGGUCUAGCAGAAGUAGCCUAAGCAGUUGUCCCAGGCUCCAAAAUGAAGAUGUGCACAAGAGAUGCCAUUGGUUGUAGAAACACUGAGUUGGUUCAGUUAGGUCACCCCUGCAGAUGUGUCAUUAAGCAGGCUGACUUCUGCCCCUCAGCCAUGCCAUGAGUAUGAGAAGCCCCUUAUAAUAAAAGCGCUGCCCGCCCCUUCAUCCUUGUAUCGGAGGGUGAGUAAGGUGGUCGGGGUGAGAACGUGCUUACAGUGUGCCCAACAAGACAUGCAGGUAUAUAUACGUCUAGUCCCGACUGCAAGGCCAGACCCAGCACUUCGUGGAAAGUGCAGAGGGCUCUGCUAGACCUUACUGAGUUUCUGGCUAAAUCAUCAUCCCUGUUUGGUGCCGUCUCGUGUCUCUGUGGUUCCCAAGCUGCAUGAUCAGAGCCAGUGAGAGGACAGGAUCAGUGUCCCAUAGCUUUGGGAGAAAACAGUCCCACUGCUAACUUCCCUCCUGCAAACCUGGGUCCCCAGGCCAUAAAGUGGGCACACUGGUGCUUACAGACUGAGUGGAGGGCUCUACCUUCCAAGGCCUUGAUCGCAGUCUGCCUAUAAGGUUGGGCUUAGCAUGCAAUCCCCCUUCCCCAAUCCUUUUUCAGACGGAGUCUCACUCUCCACCCAGGCUGGAGUGCGGUGGCAGAAUCUCAGCUUACUGCAAUCUCCACCUUCUGGGUUCAAGCAAUUCUCCUGCCUCAGCCUCCCGAGUAGCUGAGAUUACAGGCGCCCGCCACCAUGCCCAGUUUAUUUUUGUAUUUUUAGUGGAGACAGGGUUUUGCCAUGUUGGCCAGGAUAGUCUCAAACUCCUGACCUUGUGAUCCACCUGCCUCAGCCUCCCAAAGUGCUGGGAUUACAGGUGUGAGCCACCGCACCUGGCCCAAUCCUGUCUUCUUAAAUCUCAAGUUUGCACUUGACAAUCGGCACCCUCUCCUACUCCAGUCCUAGAAUUCAGUGGCCUUAGAGAAUGGGGUCCCCUGUACUGAAGGGCCCUGCCUUGCUCCCAGUUCCAUCCUUACCAAUAGGCUGAGUCUCAAGAAGUAAAGGAGAAGGAGAGAGGGAGGAAGAACUAUUUAGAACAAAAGGAUGGCUCGAGCAUGUUAGAGGCAAGUGAGAGGCACGUUGGUGAGAAGAACGUGUGCAUGUUUUUAGCUGGGGCCUACUGUCCCUUCCCUAGGGAAGGAGGCUUCCGGAAGAGGAUGUCUUCUAGGAAGAAAAGAUGUGUGAAGACUGAAAAGGGGUUUGGAGUUUUGUCUGUUGAUUAGAAAGAAGGAAGAAGUCUGCUCUGCGUGUUUCAGGAAGGAGAGAGCAGGUAGAAGGGAAUUUAGUGAUUCAGCACCCAAGGGUCCAGCCACAGCAGGUUGGAAAAUCUUCCAAAUUUGGCCAUAGAAGCUGGCUAGGAAAAAAACUGCCACUCAUUGGGCCACAAGCUGAGUCCCCAUCGGUUCUCAAUGAAUGGUCACUGAUUUACUUAUUGGAGAGGGGAGUCACCAGCAACAAACCAAUCUUUGAGUUUGCAGGCCCUGAUUCCAGAACACAUGCAUCCAGCUCCUGGGUUCUCAGCUGGUUUUGCCCACUUCCCUUUGACUGUCCGAUGCAAAGCUAGCUGCUCAAGUUGUAUGACUUGAGACCAUGACCACAAUGGGUCAUACAGUAGACCCCACCUGCACAAACUAGAAUCAGAGUUCAGGCUCCACUGGGCAUAUCUGGGAGGAAGGCAACCUCCUUUGUCAUCCUAUUGGUACCAGUCAUCUUUAAGUAUCUCUGACACCUAUGGUGGUCCCGUUGGCUAGGCCUGCCAUCUGGUAUGAAUUAGACUGGGUAUGAUAAACAGUCAUCCAUGGAUAUACCUGCCGUUUUGCAGUGCCUUAUAACCAAGGCAUACUCCCCAUAAGAAUUUACUGCAGAGAGAACCGCAAAACAGCCACCCUUCUUGAAUUAACAACUUGUUAUCUGCAACAGGUUUUCUUUAAAUCCAGGACACAAGAUGGGAAAUGAGUUUCCCUGCCAGGUACUCAGAGGUCUGCAGGAAAGCGACUCCCAGGCAAGGCAGACUUGAGUGAUCCCUGAAGCGUGGGCAUGUGGAUUGCACGGCUGGGUGGGGAUUGGUGGACAUCUCUGGAGCUCCAGAACCUUGGAGAAUUCCUCAUGGAAUUCCCCUCCCAGCUCUUAGUGGGCUCUGCGGGGUCAGGAGGAGCCCUUCCUCCAGGUUUUCCUUCUUUCCUCAUCAGCAGAGAAACUGGAGAAAAGGACAUUAAACUCAGUGCAGUCACUCCGAGUGCUGACCUAUUUCCAAAAUCACUGCUGGUGCUAAACUAUCUCCAUGUUUCUAACAUUUUUAAAUAGUAGAGUUGGGUUUUUUUAAAUCUCAUCACAAAAAUGCAGUGUCCCUGGGGAAGGGACCAGUCCCCUGGCCUGCCACUUCCCAGGUGUCCUUUAUCACUUUGACAGGACUCUCUGGUCUGCAGAAAUGCUCUGUCUUGGCAUGCUUCUAGACUGUAAAACUUGGGUUUUGUUUUGUAUUUUAUGUUUACAUGCAUCUUAUAUUUCUCUGAAAACUAAAUAAAGUUUUGGGCCUUUUUAACUGAA